CACAGAAGACUGGAGAGAGAGAGAGAGAGAGAGAGAGAGAGACAGAGGGGGGGAGGGAGUUGAAGAUCUCCAUAGCUGAAUCGAAAGCUAUAUCUACAGCCAACUCCUCCAACAAUGCGGAGACCAGGUUUACAUCAUCGAUUGCACGGGAAGCCGGCAGGAGGAGCUGUGAAGGGAAUGGUUGGGAGGCUAUCGAUCGCCGUUGCGGUGCUCUUGAUCUGCACUGUUUCGUUGCUCGCUAAGAUGACCGGCAAUGGCAGUUCUCGAUCUGUUUACCGUUCCGAGAUCCAUGUAGAAGAACUUUGGAAUAGUGCUAAAUCUGGUGGUUGGAGACCAUCAUCGGCUCCCCGAUCAGAGUGGCCCCCACCACCAAGUGAAACAAAUGGUUAUCUACGAGUACGAUGCAAUGGUGGUCUCAAUCAGCAAAGGACUGCGAUUUGUAAUGCAGUUCUAGCUGCACGAAUUAUGAAUGCUACUCUUGUGCUGCCUGAGUUGGACGCGAACUCCUUUUGGCACGAUGACAAUGGUUUCCGUGGUAUCUAUGAUGUUGAUCAUUUUAUCAAUGCCCUGAGGUAUGAUGUGUAUAUUGUGGAAAGCAUACCAGAAAUUCGAAAAAAUGGGAAAACCAAGAAGAGAAAAGCUUUACAGAUCAAUCCCCCUAGGGAUGCUUCUGUUAGUUGGUACACUACAGAAGCACUAAAGAAAAUGAAGGAACAUGGUGCUAUUUACCUUACGCCGUUUUCUCAUCGUUUGGCGGAAGAAAUUGACAACCCAGAGUACCAACGAUUGAGAUGCAGAGUUAAUUAUCAUGCUUUGAGAUUUAAGCCUCAUAUUAUGAAGUUGAGUCAAUCUAUAGUUGAUAAGCUCCGGACACAAGGUCACUUCAUGUCUAUACAUCUUCGUUUUGAGAUGGAUAUGCUGGCAUUUGCUGGCUGCUUUGAUAUUUUUACCCCGGCACAGCAAAAGAUAUUAAAGAAGUAUCGGGAGGAAAAUUUUGCCCCCAAAAAGCUACUUUAUAAUGAGAGAAGGGCCAUCGGAAAAUGCCCGUUGACUCCAGAAGAGGUUGGCCUUAUAUUAGGUGCAAUGGGCUUUGACAACUCUACCAGGAUAUACCUAGCGGCUGGUGAACUCUUUGGCGGGGAGAAGUUUAUGAAACCAUUUCGCUCGCUAUUCCCUCACCUUGAAAACCACAAUUCUGUAGAACCCACGGAAGAGCUAGCAGGAAAUUCCCAGGGGUUGAUAGGGUCAGCUGUGGAUUACAUGGUUUGUCUCCUCUCCGAUAUUUUUAUGCCUACCUAUGAUGGCCCAAGCAACUUUGCCAACAAUCUCCUUGGACACCGCUUGUACUACGGCUUCCGGACUACAAUCAGACCUGAUAGGAAAGGUCUUGCACCAGUUUUCAUCGAUCGGGAGAACAGAAAGAUGGCUGGUUUCGAAGAAGCUGUAAGGCAAGUAAUGCUCAAAACAAACUUUGGUGGGCCACACGAACGGAUUCCACCAGAGUCUUUCUAUACAAAUCCUUGGCCAGAAUGUUUCUGUCAGAUGUCACCAAAGAAUCCGGCAGAUAAAUGUCCACCAGAUAAUGUCUUAGAGAUUCUUAACAGCCAGUUGGGGAGUGAAGCAACAAGUGAUCCAGAUUCCUUGAACUCAUCAAAUUCCACAAGAUCUGUAGAAGACAGAUGAAAAGUUUUCCACGGACUUCUGACUGGUGAUUGUUAUACAACCCUACUGCCGAGUCCUCUAGCCAAACUGAAGGAAUGAGUUUCAAGAACCAUGCUCAGCGCUUCAGCAUUCAUCAUCUUGAGCGAUUCUGCUCAAGUACUUGGAGUGAUUUUUUUUUUUAUCUAGGUAAUAUACAUUUAGAUAGCUGAAAACGUUAUUAAAUGAAGGUGGCCAGAUAGUCUACAAGUUUCAUAUGAGUGUAAAAUUUACCCGAUGUAAAAUGAGGUUCAUAGUUUAUUUGAAGCUGUUAUAGCGCUGGAUUUUGUAUUUGACCUGUUGGGGGAGUGUUGGACGAUAAUGCCUCGUGUUCACUCACUUCCUUUCAACUUGAACUUGAUAGUUUUGUAAUUUUCUUUUCUUUUUGU